AUUUACCUUCUUGCAUAUAAAUAUGUAAGUAAAUAAAUUAAUAAUUAAAUACUUUCAGUAAUUUGGAUCUGGCAAUCUCGUGUUGUGUGAGCCGCGGAGGUGUGUGCACGCCCUUCUGCCUCUCCUGCCUCCACCUGCCUCUCUUUUAGCACAAUGCACGGACGGCUGAAAAUAAAGACAACAGCUGAACAAGCAGCAGAGAAACAGAAAGAGCGAGCAGAAAAGAAGAAAUUAUAUCUUGCAGGUCUUACAAAAGCUUUUGCAAAGAGAAAAUCUGGAAUACAUGAUGAAGAAGGACUAAAGAUAACUGCUCAACUUGUAGCAGCCAACCCAGAUGCUGCAACCCUUUGGAACUUUCGAAGGGAGAUUCUCUUGGCCAUGAAGGGAGAUGACCAAGAACUAUGGGAGAAACUUCUUAAAGGGGAAAUGACAUUGGUAGAAAAUUGCUUAAUGAAAAACCACAAAAGUUAUGGGGCAUGGCACCACCGCUGCUGGGUGAUGGAAAACUUUCCCUCGCCGCCAUGGGCUGCUGAAAUAGCACUUUGUGACAAGUAUCUCAAAGCAGAUGAAAGAAAUUUUCAUUGCUGGGAUUACCGUCGAUUUGUGGUAGCAGGAAGUGAUCAACAACCAGAAGAUGAGCUGAAGGUUUCCCAACACUUGAUAGAGCACAACUUGAGCAAUUAUUCUGCCUGGCAUUAUCGUUCCAAGCUUCUGCCACAGGUUUACCCUCCUCCACCAAACACUCCUCAUCCAAUAUCAGAAAAUGCACUUAUCAAGGAACUGAAAACGGUAGUUGAAGCUGUAUUCACUGAUCCCUCGGACCAAAGUCCUUGGUUUUUCUUGCAGUGGCUUGUCAACAGGCAAGAAAAAACCCCAAGAAUGCUACAGGUUGGUUACGUACGAAAUAAAGGUGAUACUGGCCAACUUAUUUGUGUUUUCUCACAACCUGUGCCACGGACAGAAGUACCUCUUGUUCGUGUGGAUGGUUCCGAGUCUGAUGAAAAUUUGUUAUGGUAUUCGCCGAUCUGUGAACAAUUUUCCAGUGUUUGGGUGGCAAAAUUGCAACUUUCUUUAGAAGAGGCACACACUGUCAUAAUGAACAUCAGUUCCUCAAUGAAAAAGUCAAUAUCUGUAGAUGUUGGGCCAACCCAGGCAAUAGAAUGGGUUACAGCAUUGGAGGCAUGUGGGGAGGAAUUGUCCGACACUACACGAUCAACACUUGAAGAAGUAAAGGAAAAUUGUGUCACCCUGGAUGAAUUAGACCCUGGUAACAAAUGGGUGCUGCUUACUCUGGUUGAUGUCAUGUGGGCUCUAGACUCCCACACACAUCAAAAGAAGAUCCAUAGUUACCUUUCUCAGUUGCAGGAGCUUGACCCAUUACGCAGCAAAUAUUAUUUAGAUAUGAAAAGCAAGCUGACUAUGGAGACUGCACUCCAGCAUCACAGGAUUGUUGCCGAGAUUGGUAGCAAGUUCCAACUUUCUAACAGCCAUCUCACAAGAAUUACUUUGAGCCAUCUCCUUGCCAGCACUAUUAGUGUUGAUUUAAGUUGUAAUGAUCUUAUAUCAAUUUCACCUUUACAAAAUCUUGUUGCAUGUAGGAUUCUAAAUUUGGAUAAUAACCAGAUUCAAAAUCUUGCCCCAUUAGCAAGUUUGACUAAUCUUGAAACACUCUCUGUGGCAAAUAACAAAAUAGACAAUUUAGAUCAGCUGAAGGUUUUAAAGGGCCUUCCAAAUCUAAUAGAGCUCAAUGUCAGUUCAAAUCGUAUAUGUGACCUGGAGAACGUUGAUGAGGAUAUUAGGGAAGUAUUACCACAAAUACAAUCCCUAAUUCUUCGGUGAGAGAGAGUCCACUUUAGUACAGUAUGGAAUAAAUGCUAAAAUAUGAAACAUAUCUUAUAAUUAUUUUAUGUUCAGUCAGUGCAGGAUCACAUUUUAGCCUAUAUAAAUUAAUGCACAAAGUAUUAUAGCUAAUAUAAAAUUAGACAAAUUAUUUUAUAUUUGAUUACAAUUUAUGCCAGCUGAAGCAUUUUAUGUACUAAUAAAUACUUUAUUAAAGUUUCACUGCAAAUUAUGAAACACUUGUUAAUCCAG